AACACUAUUUUCUCUCAUUCACACACUCUAUAUUAAAAUAUUUAAUAAUAAUAAACUACUAUUUUAUAUUAUAUAAAUAUAGCAAAAUAAAUAACUAAACUAACUAAUAAAUAAAUAAAAAAAAAAAGCUUUAUAAAUAUUUUUUUUUUUUUUUUCAAUGGUUUUAUAAUAGCUAUAAAAAAAAAUAAAGUCAAUUGAAUUGGCUUAUUUAAUAAUAAAAACCCAGUAAUACAAAUAAAAAUAGAAACCUCUAUUAAACAAUAACAGUAGUAUUAAUAGUAAUAACAGUAGAAAUAAAUACUAUUACCUUUCUCAUUUUUAAUUUGUUCAGUCUGAAAUACACUUCCUCCACUCCACAAUAAUACAAUACGAUAUAGUGUUUAUUUACUAUAUUUUGUAUUGUUUAAAAUUUAAAAAUAAUUUCUCAACAACAUUUAUAUAUACAAACACAAAUAGAGUCUCUAUCGAACUUUAAUUUAAGAUCAUUGCCCAAAAGGCUAAUGAACUGUCUCUAUUUACUUAGAGGGGCAGGUAGCACUCUACACCAGCCACAGUUUUCAAAUUCACCGAUUUGGAUGUUUGGGAAUGAAUAUAAAGCAAUAUUUUUAGAAGAUUUAACAAGACUAAAUCAACUUUUAAGUAGCAUUAAUUUAGAGGAUAAUAAUAAUAAUAAUAAUAAUAAUAAUAAUAAUAAUAAUAAUAAUAAUAAUAAUAAUAAUAAUAGUAAUAAUAAUGCCUCCUCCCCAACCAUCAAUACUGAUAAUUUAGAAUCUGAUAAUAUUGGUGAUAAUGAAAAUGCAAAUGAUUCAGAAAAUGAAGAAACCAAUAAACCACAAGUGGAUAACAAUAAAAAAGUAAAUUUCACUUUUAACCCAUCAACAGUUGAUAUUCCAGGUCAAUCAUUUAUUAAAGAGUUUUUAGAAGAUUUUACAACUAGGGUACUUUGGUUUACAUAUCGUCAAGGUUUUCCAUUUAUUGAUAAUACUCAAUACGAUAACGAUUGUGGUUGGGGAUGUAUGUUAAGAUCAGGUCAAAUGUUACUAUCUAAUCUUUUGCUUCAUCAUGCAUUAGGUGAUGAUUGGAAAAAAUCUUCAAAUUCAACUCAUCCAGAUGUUUAUAAUAAUAUAAUAUCAAUGUUUUUAGAUAAACCUUCUGCUCCAUUUUCAAUUCACAAUAUAGCAUUGGAGGGUCAAACUCUUGGUAAAAAUAUUGGUGAAUGGUUUGCCCCAUCAAUUAUUUCCCAAGCUAUAAAAUCUCUUGUAUCAAAAAACUAUGAAAAAUGUAAUAUAUCAGUUUUUAUUUCAGAGGAUGGUUCCUUGUAUAUAGACCAACUUUUAAGUAUUUCAUCAAAAAAGAAAAAACCAUCAGCUUUAAAUAAAGAUCAACAAAAAUCACAACCAAUUAGAGAAAAACAAGAGGAUGACGAAAAUAUAGAGACAAAUAGUAAUAAUAAUAACAAUAACAGUAAUAUAAAUAAUAGCGAACAGCAACUUCAAGUACUAUCACUAUCUGAUGAAAUUUCAAAGGAGGAAGAUUUUAGUUUUGAUAAUAUUGAUAGUGAUGAAACAAAUGAUAGUACAUCAUCGGAAGAAGAAGUUGAAGUUUGGGAACCACUUUUAAUUUUAAUACCAAUGAGACUUGGGUUGGACGGUCUAAAUAGUAUCUAUUACCAAUCAUUAUUAGAAAUAUUCAAAUUCCCACAAAAUCUCGGUGUUGUUGGUGGUAAACCAAGAGCCUCUCUUUACUUUAUAGCAGUUCAAGAUGACAACUUAUUCUAUUUAGACCCACAUACUGUACAAAACCAUAUAGAUAUUAAUAAUAGUAAUGGUGAACCAUCCAAUUUCUCUUUUUCAUCAUCACCAUCAUCAUCAAAUAUUAAUAUUAUUAAUACCAACAACAACAACAAUAAUAAUAACAACAAUGAUAAAAAUAAUAACAAUAGUUUCCCAGUAAAUACAUUCUUUUGUAGCCAAACAAAGAGAACCCACGUCUCAGAGGUUGAUCCAUCAUUAGUAGUUGCAUUCUUUUGUAAAAGUAGAAGCGAUUUCGAUGAUUUUGUAGACAGAUCAAAAGCAAUGGCUUCUCAAAUGGAGAAUCCAAUUUUUUCAAUUUUUGAUCAAAGUCCAGAUUAUUUUGGUUCCAGUGACAAGCAAGAAAAGUUUUCAAUGGGUGAAGAAUCUGAUGGAUAUGAAGACAAUGAAGAAGAAUCGGAUGAAGAUAACGAAAAUAAUAAUAGCAACGGUGGUGAGGGUAGUGGAAAUGAUGAUAAUGAAACUUCAGAUGAAAUUGAUGAUUAUCAUUUAAUUAAUUAAUCAAUUAAAAAUAUAAAAUAUAUAAUUAAUUGCAAUAAUAAACUAAACACAAAUUUAAUAUUUAAAAU